AUGAGCUGUUCAUACGUAGGUGUCGGCUCCCCUUCUGGUGUGUAUAGGAUAAAAACACUGGCAAACAAAGUUAUCAACGUAUUCUGUGACAUGGACACUGCCGGGGGGCCGUGGACGGUGAUCCAGAGACGAGUAGAUGGAGGAGUCGAUUUCUAUCGCAAUUGGACAGACUACAAGAACGGAUUUGGGGAUCUAAACGGAGAGUUUUGGAUCGGAAAUGACAAUCUUCAUCACCUGACAAACACACACAGGCGCCUACGUGUUGAACUAGAGUUAUGGGACGGAACAAAAGGCUUCGCCCAGUACUCGAUGUUCCAUGUGUCCGACGAAGAACACAAUUACACACUCACUGUGCAGGGCUUCUCCGGGAAUAUUCAUAAUUCCUUGUAUUACAAUAACGAUCAAUCCUUCAGCACCCCUGAUCGUGACAACGAUGGUAUUGGCUACUUGAACUGCGCUGAAAUAUUCCAUGGUUCCUGGUGGUAUGGAGAAUAUUACGAGGUCAAUCUGAACGGUGAUUACAGGGUCGACUAUGGCAGCCCUGACACUGAAUCAAUGUUCUGGUAUAAGUUCCCCCAUGGUCGUCUUCGUGCUCCUCUGAAGACAAGCAUGAUGAUGAUACAAUAG